AUGCAACUUCCGCGGCCAACUACCCGUAUUCCCAUGGAUAUACUCACUAUUCUCAACCAGGGAAAUAGUAUAUUGGAAACGUCUACGCUCUACUUCGAUACGAUCCACCAGUGGAUGCCAAUUAUCUCGAAAAAGCGACUAGAAUCUGGCAUUUCGUUGAAGGAUGGUGGGCCGGAAGUUGCGCUGCUUUUCCUCACAAUGAAGCUAAACGCCUCCCCUCCACCGGCCGGCAACAAGUUCGACCCAAUUUAUUCGGCUGCUAAAAGUUUCAUGGUGACCUUGGAAGCCAGUGGGGCGGUGUCACUCAUUUACCUGCAGGCCAUGACUUUGAUGGCCGUGUACGAAUACAGCCACUCCAUCUAUCCUGCGGCCUGGAUGACCGUGGGAGCAUGUGCUCGGUUCGCUGAGCUUCUUGGUAUUACACCUGGUAAAGAUUCGAUAAAAAUUAUUAGUCCGGUUACCACGUGGACCGAGUUGGAGGAGAAAAGACGGGUGUGGUGGGCCAUAUAUCUCUUGGAUCGCAUUAUUUCCCUAGGCAGCCGGAGGAGGUUCUGCCUCCCCAAUCCUGUGGAUACGGAUGUCCUCCCUGCGGAUGAUGAUGCAUGGAAUUCGGGUGAUGUAGCCGGUGUAGUACUUUAUCCAAUUACAACAUCCUUUUCCACGCCAGUCUCGCCCUUCUCUCGCUUAUGCCAGUCGGCCAUGCUCAUUAGUCGUGCCACCAUAUGUCGUGGCGAUUCACAGGCAGAGCUUGCGGAACACAUUGCCGCUGUUCUUAGCCUUACUGAGGACCUAAACAGCUUUAACUCUAUUCUUGCUGAAGAAAUGAAGCCGUCGUCCCUCAACGGAUAUAUCCGACUACUCGCCCCGCGGUGCCUUACGUGGUCAACCCUCUUUCUGCUACUCGAUAACUAUUGCUGUCCGGAGAAAAUUAGCGAUGAACCAGGCUAUACUUUAACCGCGGGCGCUAAAGUACAAGUUGAACUUGUAGCCCAGGUCCAGGCUACGCUAGUAGUGCGAAAUAUCAGCGACCAGGCGCACGGAAUAACCGCGAACCUCAUGGAUAUUAUAUCUCACAUGGCAUGUAGCGAUCAACUAGGGACUCUAAGCCCGUUCCUUUUGGAUGCGCUCUACUGCGCCAUGAUAACGUUCCAAUGGAUCUUUCGCGAAAGUGGUGACGAGCAAGCUAAAGCCAGAUUAGCUGAUAUAGAGGCUUAUAUGGGAAAGUUGAGUGAGCGGUGGAUGUUGGCGGCGGAAUACAUUGCUCUUGGCGGAAUCUACCGUAAUGUAGGACGCGCCUAA